AACACCUUUGCCAGUAUAUUUCAAGGUUUCUUUCCCAUUUUGCCCUUGCUUUCGUCGUGCAUUCAAUUUACACAUUUUAUAUCAUUUACGAUCUUUUUUGUGGAAAUGUCAUAUGGAAUAUAUAUCCAUUUGUUUCAUAACAAAAUAACCUUUAUUUAAUUGUUUUUGCAACUGAAUGGAAUCAAUAUUUGUUUCAUAACAAAAUCCAACAUUUGAUAGUUAGGUUGAACUUGAAGCAUGCAUCAACUCCUUUUUCCUCACGAAUCGACGAUCAUGUAUCUCACAAAUUCUCUUCUUUUCAAACUCAGAGGUAAUUUAAUUUUAUCACCACACCCUUCCUUCUUCACUCUAAUUUCUCCACAAAUCGAUCCAUGCUUCAUAAAAUCACCAACUUGAAUCAUGCACUCAACCUGUUCGAUGAAAUGUCACAGAGACGCCCUCUUCCAAAUGUGCAAACCUUUACUGCAUUAGUUGAUGCAUUUUGCAAGGAAGGUAAAGUAGAAGAAGCUGAGGCUGUUAUCAACAUCAUGAUUGAGAGAAGUGAGGUUCCAGACAUAGUGACAUACAACUCACUUAUUGAUGGUUACUGUCUUCGAGGUGAAAUGAUCAAAGCAAGGGAGAUUUUUGAUUCACUGACGCUUAGAGGUCUCGUCCCUGAUGUUGUCGCUUACAGUAGUUUGUUGAAUGGGUAUUGCAAAAAUCUGAACAUAGAAAAAGCUAUGCAAAUGUUUCGUGAAAUGUCCGGAAAAGGUUUAAAACCCAAUCUAGUCACUUACAACACCAUGAUACAAGGAUUUUUUCACGUUGGGCGUUGUGUAGAUGCACGCAAACUCUUUGAUGAGAUGCAUGCACAAGGCCAAAUCCCAGACCAAUGCACUUAUGGAAUAGUUUUAGAGGGCCUUUGCAACAAUCGUCAAGUAGAAGAGGCUCUCUCUUUGUUUCAUUUGAUGGGUGAUAGCAAGCUUAAUUCUGAUAUUGUUGUGUACAAUAUCCUCAUUGAUGGUGCAGGAAAAUAUGGGAAAGUGGAUAUUGCGAGGGUUCUUUUCCAAGGUCUAAUUGAUAAAGGCUUGCAACCUAAUGUUCGUACAUACACUGUGAUGAUAAAUGGUUUUUGUCAGGAAGGUCUAUUGGGGGAAGCCCAGUUGUUGUUUCUUAAAAUGGACGAGAGUGGCUGCCCGCCAAAUGAUGUUACUUACCGUGUUCUUCUCCAAGGAUAUUAA